AUGGCCGCGCUGAGGAGAGGUUCGGCCGUGGCCUUGGCGGCUGCGGCGAUGUUUGCCGGGAUGGCGUCGGCGGCCGUGUACGAGGUGGGCGACAAGGUCGGGUGGACCAUCAUGGGCAACCCCAACUACGGCGCCUGGGCCGCCUCCAAGAAGUUCAGCGUCGGCGACACCCUUGUGUUCACCUACAACAAGCAGUUCCACAACGUGAUCGCGGUGAGCAAGGCGGACUACAAGAACUGCAACGUGACCAAGCCGACGGCCACCUGGGCCACGGGCAAGGACUCCGUCGUCCUCAACACCACCGGCCACCACUACUUCCUCUGCGGCUUCCCGGGGCACUGCGCCAUCGGGCAGAAGGUCGACGUCCGCGUGCUCUCCUCUGCUGCCCCUUCCACCGCGCCCGCAAUGACGCCCGCCCCGGCAGCCGCGGGUGGCGGCUCAGCCGGCCGCGCCGGCGCCGCGCCCUCGCCGCACGCCAACGCCGCGCCGGCCGUCAGCAGCUCCUUCGCCGUGACGGUCGCCGCUGCCGUGCUGUCCGUGGCCGCUGCCGGAUUAAACCUGCUGUAGUCCGGAAGUUUGCCGGCCGAGGAUGGAUGGAUGGAUGGCGCCCUGUGAGUUGUGAGCUUGCGUUUGUCGCCGUAUGAGUGCGAGCAGUCGUGGAGACAUCUCUGGUCAUCUGGAUCCUGUGUUGUUUAUUACAGUACUGUUUUGCUCUCUUUUUUGUGUGCCAUACUCUUCUCCGUGGAUCUUGGUCUGGUUUGGGGAUUUGUGCCGGUUCUCACCGGCUUAGUUUAAUCGAUCAAUUGAGCACUCGCUUAUGGUUUUUACUGUUGAA